AUGGCCAGAGUCAUCAAGUGCUUCUUAGAAGUCCUUGGUGCUCAAGUUCAGGCCUUCUACGUCACUCUUUUUUCUAUCAUGAAGGCUACUCAAGCCUUCAGCGUCCUCUCGGCGCUUUCGGUCAUUACUGGCGGCCUGGCCGCAACCAACUCGAGCAACAACUCAAACUCGCCUUCCAACUCGGCUUUGUUGGCAAACGGAAAUGUCCGACUUGGCAGAGCCGCCGAGGCCUAUGAGAAGGCUAAGGCAUUCAUCGCACAGCUCAGCAACACAGAAAAGAUAUCUCUCAUCACCGGGCAGAGCAUCACCAAUGCCAGCUGGACGGCCCUAGCUAACAAGGACGGUGCAACGGGCAUCAAUGCCAAUUCUAUGUUUCCGGCUUCCCCUCCCCCAGCGCCCUGA